AUGGAACUUCUUGAACUCAGCUUCAACCGCAAGUCUGACUUGCAGCGCCACUACCGGAUACACACCAACGAGCGUCCUUACUCGUGCAUGACUCCCGGCUGUGGCAAGAGCUUCAUCCAGAGGAGCGCCCUCACUGUCCACAUCCGCACCCACACUGGCGAGAAGCCCCAUCAGUGUGCGCACAUUGGCUGUGGCAAGCGGUUUUCCGACGUUCGUAUCCCCUCUUCGAGUCUCGCCCGCCACAGGCGCAUCCAUACCGGCAAGCGUCCCUACAAAUGCGCUCAUGAUGGCUGCUUGAAGAGCUUCUGCCGCAAGACCACCAUGGUCAAGCACCAGCGCCGAUCCCACCAGAGGGGACUUCACCCCAAUGAGAUGCUCGAUGACUGCACCUCGGACUCUGACAGCGGUGAAUCUCCCGCCACUCCCAAGCAUUCCGGUAUGCAGUGGCCCGUCCAGGGCGUCAUGAGUGCCGGCCCCCAGCCCAUGGCCCAUGGUCAUGGACUUCACAGGGCAGCCUCGUUCGCCGAGUUUGGCCACCAGAUGGGCCAGUACAAUGCUAUUCCUCAGCACUACGGCCACAGGCACACCGUCUCGGGUGGUCACCACGAGUUCCACGGCCAGCCUGUUGCCCCGCAACACCCCGGCGUCCAGAUGCUCCAUCGAACCGCCAGCAUGCCCCAGAGCUACUAUGUGACGGAGCAGAGCAACCCUGGCGUUGCCACGAUGAACACGAAUCCCAUGGCCCAACAAUACCAAAUUCCCCGCCAGCCCGUCGAGCGCCUCCCCUCGAGAUCCCCUACUCCGCUCCCGGACUUGCCGCAUCAAUCCAAAGCAGCCCCACCAGCUUCUCUGCUGCGUCUGGUCGCAGCCCACCGUCGGCUCCCCCAACAGGGCAUGCCCACUCCUACCCCCUCGCAAGACUCAACCGCUCCCUCGGAGCAGUACCAACAACCCACUCCUCAGCCCGAGGGUGAGCAGUGGUACAGCAAUGUUCCUUACCAGGCACCUGUCGAGGUGGCUACCAUUGGCCAGAUUCCCACGUACGGAUCCGGUGUCUAUGAUCCCUGGGGCCCCAAGAUCGAAUUCGAGGACCCGUCCAUGCAGCUCCCUAGCGCCAGGAUUGCCAACAUGUAA